UGCACUCAAGGGAGCUGCGCUGAGAUCUUUGAGACACGGACGCAGGCGGCAUCAGCAUCAGACACAGACCCGCUGUACGGGGCUCCGUCCCUCCGUCUCUCCGUGCCCAGCCAUGAAACAGACAUUACUAGACCUCAUGAGGAUGAGUAGGAUCUGCCGGAUGGUGCUGGCCACUUGUUUAGGAUCUUUUAUUCUGGUCAUCUUCUAUUUCCAAAGUAUGUUCCAACCAGUUAUGAGGCGGAACCCGUUCGCAGCGGAGGGCUGCUGCCGGAAAGGCUCUAGAAACGCCCUGCAGGAGCUGUACAAUCCCACGCAGGUAUCAGCCGAGUUCUCUGCGGCGGCAGUGUUGCAUCAGGCACGGAGGGAUCAGGUGGCAGACACAUGUCGCGCCCACAGCGUGUCCAGCCGCAAGCGCCGUGUCCUGACCCCCAGUGACCUUAAGCACCUGGUGGUGGAUGAGGAACACGAGCUCAUCUACUGCUACGUCCCCAAGGUGGCCUGCACCAACUGGAAGCGAGUCAUGAUGGUGCUGAGCGGCCGGGGCAAGUACAGCGACCCCAUGGAGAUCCCAUCAAACGAGGCUCAUGUGCCCACCAACCUCAAGACCCUCAACCAAUACAGCAUUGCUGACAUCAACCACCGACUUAAGAGCUACCUCAAGUUCCUCUUCGUGCGCGAGCCCUUCGAGCGAUUGGUGUCGGCCUACCGUAACAAAUUCACGCUUCGAUACAACACCUCGUUUCACAAACGCUACGGGACGAAGAUCGUGCGGCGGUACCGCAAGAACGCAACAACCGAGGCGCUCCAGAGCGGCGCUGACGUGAAGUUCCAAGAGUUCGCUGAAUACCUGGUGGACCCGGGCACUCACAGAGAAGCUCCACUCAACGAACACUGGCAGACGGUCUACUCGCUCUGCCACCCCUGCCACAUCCACUAUGACCUGGUGGGCAAGUACGAGACUCUGGAGGAGGACGCCAACUACGUGCUCAAACUGGCAGGGGUGGGCAACUCCUUGCGUUUCCCGACGUAUGCCAAAUCCACCCGUACCACCGACCAAAUGGCAGCCAUGUUUUUCAAUAACAUCAGCUCUCUGCAGCAAGGCCAGCUGUACCAACUCUACAAACUGGACUUUCUAAUGUUCAACUACUCUAUUCCCAGCUACCUAAAACUGCAGUAGACACACGUACGCAGCUGCGCACAUGUUCCAAGCUUGUUCAACAAGGUUGAGCAAUGGGAGAAGGGCCGUCGCUGAAAGACACAGGCGGGGGAAUCAACCAAGCACUCAAAUGUAAAAUUGUAUUAAUAUCCGCAAGGACGGUUGCUUUAUUUCGAGGCGAGACUAAGGAGCUAUCGGUCAACUGCAAAUGCGGACCACCUCGAAAGUCUGAUGUAUGUGCCCAUUGAAUUGUACAUUGUCAGUGUUUCCAAACAUCAAAAGCAAUAUGAUAGAUUCUGAGCUGUACCUGCUCAAACGGUUUAUCUAUUAAUAUACUCAGCCAGCUGUCACCACCAUUAUUGAAGCUUCACAGAAAGGAGCGCCUAGACUAAUAAUAAGGCUCGAGAUACAAUCAGACUUGUUCUGACUUCAAUUCCCCACUUCUAAUUUUGUGUUCCCUUUGGAAGUUCCCUUGCUUCUCUCCCAUACUCUGACGGCCUUUGUGUGUGUCUAUUUUUACAGUGCACAUUUAAAGGUGCACACUAAAAUAAGAAGACAAAAAAGAGGCAUUGAAUGAUGCCUCUUGAAGGGGGCGUGUCCAAAUGUGAGUGACAGGCAGGGGCUCCACCCACUGGGUCAGUCAUGGAGCAUCUGUAGCAGUCGGGAAGUGAAAAGGUCAAUGGCCUCAAGCACACUGUUCCCACAACCCCUCCUCUCUCGGUUGGUCUUCUUAAAGUAGGAUUUGGGGUGGUUUGUUUUAUUUUGUAUUUGUUUAUAAUGGAAAAAGUUGCUGCGAGCAGCACGUUAUGAUAUUAUUUGAAUUACUCUGUGAAAUAGAGAUAAAAAAGACUUAAUUCUUUGUUUCCAGGAAAAGGAAAUCAGCUUAGAGCUAGAGACUUUCUGAGGUUUAAUUGUCAUAAUUCAUUCAUCUUGCCUCAUAUGCAGAAGACUGUUGCUGGGAUACCUCGCUGGUUGUUUUGUUACGGGUGUACGGAAACGGGCAGGACUUUGUUUUCUGAGCUGUUCUCAUGGGAAAGUUUCACACAGUGGUGCGUGUUUCAGAGAAAGAGGGAGAGAGAAAAUGCAGGCAAAUCUGUUCCAUCCAUUAGAUGAUUUAAACGUCUUUCCCAAUUUGAGUUCAAACGAACACUCUUUAAUUUAGCAAGUUGUCUUUUAUGAUCCUAAUUUGCUUUGACUGUGCACAAAAAUUAUGAAAAUUGCUUAUUUAUGUGCGCGACGGCCACAAGUGGUUGUGUCCUAGUGCUUUAUCUCAAUCGCU